AUGGAAUCGACUGGUUUGUGUAGUAUUAGCGAAAUUAAUGUUCGUGAUGCACCUCGUAUUGCAACCAAAGUGUUGUGGACCUUCACCACAAUUAACAUACAUGACCAGUUGUUUGUUUAUGUGGAUCGACGUUUUGCUGCGGCAUUUGAAAAUGAACUGACCCACCAAUGGACUUUGUUUGAUAGCUUCGAAAAUCGAUUUGUAGUUUCCUAUAACAUGGAUAAAAUGAAUCCAAAAUUAACGGAUGAGUGGAAAGACCUGGAAAAGACAUACAACACACAGAUAUGGGACUCAUACGUCCAAUUUCGUUAUGUGGGCAACUCUACUUUCCAAAUAACGGUUUUUAUUGGCGAAUUCACACCAAAGAAUAUGAAGGCAUUCUUAGACACAGCAUCGGUGGACCCUGGCACAUCCCUUUUUGCGGUCACGUUGACUCAAUGUCAAGCAAAAGCAAGUCACCUGGACUUGAAUGUUGAUUUUGCUGACGUCAUCAAGAGCCUUGAGAUGGAAGUGAUAUAUCUAGUUGCACGUCUAAGUGGAGUUGAAUGCAAACUGCUUGUGUCGCAAAAGAACAAAUCAACAAAACUUGGACAAGGAUGGAGGAAGUUUUGUGCUGAAAAUAGGUUGAAGGAGGGAGACAGAUUGGUGUUUGAGGUAGACCAUGUUCAAAAACAACCUAUAGUUGAGGUUUACAUUAAUGGGUGCUACUGUGAUGUUGCAAAGUCCAUAGAUUUAGUAUGAUGUUAUUA